AUGCGCCAAUCCCCACGAGAACAGAAAAACCAAGAGACCACGAACACCAGCACGCAUGAAAACAGCCCUUUUGAAAGCAUACCCAUCCAAUCUGAACAACUAGACAUCGAAUGGCCCCGUUCGAACACUACUUCUAACGAGCAAGUUAGUAGCCUACCUCGGCUGCCUCCUUCCUCUAUCGACUUCUGCUCACGAUGCCAGAUCACCACUUUCAUGAUUGGCACAGGAAGUCCUCCAUUGAAUUCUUAUUCUAUCGGCGCAAUGAAAGCAAUACAGCGUCCUCCCAUAACCCAUUUACUAGGGCUAAGGCAAGCCCUUUGGAGACAAGAAGGAAGAUUCCAUAAGAUUGGGUCGGGCAGGGAACCACUGAAUGGGGGCGGUGUAGCGGGAAGUCUACCAAAAAGAAAGCGAGUCCUCUGCUCGGUAAAGGAGCAUUCAGGCAUCGGGGGAAGAGCUCAAAGCCGAGGAGAGCCCUGUGUCCCGCUGAUAGAAUGGAAAGGGAAGGGCCAGUAUCGAUAG